UAAAUAUAACCUUAAUUCUAGAUUUGUAGUUUGUACAUAUUAUCCAACUUUUAUUUAUUUUAAAAGUAAGCUAAAGAUGGCUGAUAAAGGCCACGAUUCAAAAGUUAAAAGUGAGGGAAAUCCAUACGAUUUAGAUGGCCAACAGUUUAAUCCAGACAUAUACAUGCAAAAACUUUUAAAGGAGUACAAUCUUCAGCAGAUAAUGGAUCAUGAGACAGACGUUGUCAAAGACACUCUUACCCUUCACUCCGAUAUGCAGACUCUGGUGUAUGAAAAUUACAACAAGUUUAUUUCAGCCACUGACACAGUCAGGAAGAUGAAAACAGAUUUCAAGAAAAUGGAGGAUGAAAUGGACUUGUUAGCAAAGAAUAUGGACUCGAUCACAUCGUUUUCCGAGUUGAUCUCUUCAACAUUGCAGGAUUCUAGACAACAAAUAGCUCGUUUGUCUGGGAUUCAUUCUCUUCUCAAACGUCUACAAUUCCUUUUUAAAUUGCCAACAAAACUAAAAGCAUUAAUGGAGGAAGAAAAUUAUGCAGAGGCAGUUCAAGACUACUUACACACACAGCGAGUACUGGAACAGUAUGGGAAUUUGGAGAGUUUCCAAGGCAUACAAAGGGAAUGCAAUGAUAUCCUGGACCAACUGAAAGAGCGACUCCGAUCACAGUUCAAGAGCAAAGACGCCACUGCCAAGGAACUGGCCGAAAGUGUUGACCUUUUGCUUCAGUUGGAUGAACCAGCGGAAUCUUUGUGUUCAGAGUUUUUGACACAUGCAAAGACGAGACUUCAGGAUCAGCUGACGUUGCUGAAAGAUACUCCAUGUCAGGACCUUAUCGAGUUCAUUGACCUGGGUAGCAAUGGUUUUCUGAGUGAUCUGUGUUUUGUAGUCACCUCCUACAAUGACAUGUUCAUCAACCGGCCUGCGUGUUGUGACACUGAAGCUGGUGGCAAGUUGAGCCAGUUUGUUUUUGACAACAUGCACCAAUACCUGGACCUGGUACAAAGUCAUAUAGAGAGUCAACAAGAUGGAGGAGAUUCUGCCAUCUUAGUCCGGGCGUUGGAUAGGUUCUACCGUAGACUGACAGCUGUAAACUCACUCUUCGACGACGACGACUUUGUCAAUGCGGGAAUGGAGCUAGUAAUGCGAGCUGCACGAAGACAAUGUCGGAUGCAUCUCCACGCGCUCAAGUCACAGCUGACAGACAGUCUGUCACAUGUGAGACAAGCAUUGGCCGCUCCGAGACUGGUGGUGACGGAAGCGGUGACACAGAACGGAACAGAACUGGUCACCCAGUUGGUACUCGCCACUGUGGAGAAGGUCAAGGGAGUCUUGCAGGACCUGUUGGUGUUUAUUCAGCCUGACUUGGCGUUUGCUGCCAAACCCAAGUUCCUGGAAGCUUUCUGCAUAGACUCUGUGAGAGAAGGACUUGUGGUGGGUUUCAUACAUCACCUCACAGCCACUGCUCGGUCAUUCUGCUCAGCAAGUGUACCUUCACUCCCGCUACUACUCAUCUUGUCCAAAACAUGUCUGGAGUUUGAAGCCACCAACAUUCAUUACCUCCUGAGUCUGACAGAUGAGUGGUUCAGCACUGAUGGAGGCUCCGCUCUGCUGACCUCAGGUAAAGAGAUGUGUGCUGGGACGAGACAAGCAGCACAGGAGCUACUCAACCACUAUGUACACAUGCAGGGCCUGGCUAUAUCACAGAUGUUGCGUAAGUCAGUGGAGACUAGAGAUUGGCUGCACAGUCUAGAGCCUCGUACAGUACGAGCCGUCAUGAAAAGGAUCAUGGAGGAAAUGGCGACCAUCGACUCCCAGGUAGGCAUGUUGUUUGAGGAGGGAUCGCACACAGAGCGCAGCUCCGACUCAUCACACAAGACUCACUCUCGUCUUCAUCGCAGCACAGCCAGUAACUGGUCGAGUCACUCUCUAGCAGCCAGCCAUAUACACAAGCUGUUUUCCGAGCGGAUCGAGAUCUUUGCCCCUGUUCAGUUUAACAAAGUUUCUAUUUUAACUGGGGUGAUCAAAAUCAGCCUAAAGACUCUACUAGAGUGUAUUCGUCUCAAGACAUUUUCCAAGUAUGGUCUUCAACAGAUCCAAGUGGAUUCUCACUACUUGCAGCUCUAUCUUUGGAGAUACGUGGCGGACGAGAACCUUAUUCAGUUCCUACUUGAUGAGAUUCUCAGCAGUGCUGUUCACCGAUGUUUAGACCCUGUACUGAUGGAGCCAAGCGUGGUAGACAUUAUUUGUGAGAGAGGUUAGAAAGCAGUUCUGAAAUCUCUCUAGGGGUAAUGCAAUGUAAAAAGUAUUAAGAGUGUUUUGUUUGUAGAUUUUUACUAUUCACAUUCUGUAUAUUUGUUAUAUUAUGCAAUAUUUGUUACAUUUUAAUCGUAUUAUAUUUAUUUUAUUACA